AUGUGUGGGCAGGAGCAGAUGACAGCUGAGCAAGCACUCAGGAAACAUGUCCGGGUCUCUGAGAGAAGAGCUACAGCAAUACCUCCAGGAGCUAGGCAUCCAGCCUGUGUGUGUGGAGCACCCUGAGGUUUUCACAGUGGAAGAAAUGAUGCCACACGUCCAGCACAUGAAGGGUGCACACAGCAAAAAUCUCUUCUUGAAGGACAAGAAGAAGAAAGUGCUCUGGCUGGUGACUGUUCUCCAUGACCGGCAGGUGAACCUUAAUGACCUAGCAAAGAAGUUGAACGUUGGCAGCGGGAACCUCAGGUUUGCCGAAGAGGCCGCCAUGAUUGAAAAACUGAAAGUUGGCCAGGGCUGUGCCACCCCACUUGCCCUGUUCUGUGAUGGCAAGGGAGACGUGAAGUACGUUCUGGAUUCCACAUUUCUGGAAGGUGGCCAUGAGAGGGUUUAUUUCCAUCCAAUGACCAAUGCUGCUACCAUGGGUAUUACUCCGGAUGAGUUUAUGACCUUUCUGAAAAAGACUGGACAUGAUCCCAUAAUAAUACAGUUUGAUUAGUAGAUAUAGACAAUUGUUUUAAUAUUUUGACUUAAAAACCACAGCAAUUCUCUGGUCAAAGUUUUUUUUUU